AUGAAGUCAUCAUCUGCCGCACUAAUUGCGAUAUGCUUCUGUCUCGGUGUGUCAUGCGCACUGGGAGCCGGAUACGGAACCGGAUAUAAUAGCUAUGAUAAUUAUGGAGGCGGAUACAGCAUGAAUUAUGGAAGUGGCUACGGAAGUGGUUACGGAAGUGGCUACGGACACUCCAAGGGAUACGGAAAGGGAUACGUCUCCUCUGAGACUAUCAUCAGUCAACCUUACGCCCAGCCCUUGGCCCUUCCCCCAGUACCACCAAUCACAGAUAACGAUGGUCUUUUUGGACUCGGCGGAGGAAGUGGACUGCUGUUGCUCGGUCUGCCCCUCCUUCUCCUCUUGAGGAACUCCAACUCCGGUUAAACUCAUGACUCUCCUUACUAUAGAAGCAACUCUGU